CCGAAUAGCCGACUUAAUUCUCAUAACACAUGCAUCUCGAAAAGUUGCAUCAAAGUUUUUAUCAUUACAACGAGAAAAUGCAAAUUUCUUUAUUAAAACCUCGAAUUGGCGCUGGUCGAUAAAUGUUCCUCAAGAUCAUAAUUUUAAAAUUCAAGAACAAGCGGAAGCGCCUCCAUCAUCACCGGCACAAAAAUCAUCGUUAGAAAUUGCGACAAUAGAAAAUGCUAACACAAAGACGACAAUAUCUAAAAUAGAUUUUGUUGAAUCGGAAAAUAAAAUUUUGAAUGACGACAAGAAAAUCGAGAAGUCAAAAUUUGAAGAAAUUGAAAUAACCAAAAGAGACGAGAACAUAGCGUCUUCUAAAGUGCAAUUGAAACAUAUAUUAAAAGAAUCAAAAGUACCAGCUAGCAGAAUAGAUCGCUUAUUUCAAUAUGGCGGACUUGCGGUUGGACUAGGGUUCGGUGCGAUUGGAGAAGCAGCUCGUCGUGUUAUACGUGGAAAUAAUCUUCGCGCAAGCGGAAGCUCUCUUUUGAUGAGCGAAGCAAAUAUUGACCGUUUGGCGAGAAAGUUGUCGAAAAUGCGUGGAGCAGCAUUGAAAAUGGAGCCGUUGGAAAAAUUACUGUUAAAAGUUCAAAAUAGUGCAGAUUAUAUGCCUAGAUGGCAGCUAGAGGCAGAUUGGCGUCUGAACUUCUCAUACUUUAAUGAGAUUCCGUUUGCCGCUGCCUCAAUAGGUCAAGUUCAUUUAGCAACAUUACGUAGUACUGGUUAUAAAGUAGCCGUAAAAAUCCAAUAUCCUGGAGUGGCCAACUCUAUCGAUUCUGAUCUUGAUAAUCUUAGAACAUUGGUGACUUUUAGCAAUUUAUUGCCAAAAGGACUUUAUCUCGAGAAUACGAUAAAAGUCGCAAGACGUGAAUUAGCCUGGGAGACAGAUUAUUUUCGUGAAGCGAGAUGCAUGGAACGGUUUCAAGAUUUACUGAAGGAAGAUAAGGAUUUUAGCGUGCCAAUUUUGUUGAAAGGAUUGACAACUGCUAUGGUUCUAACAAGUGAGUUUAUGGAAGGCGACCCGAUGACUGUAGUUGCUGCGAAGUAUAGUCAAGAGACUCGUAACGAG